UGUGAGACAGACAGAAAAGAUGGCGCUUAGUUGGAGCGGCAAUCGCAGGGUAAAACCAUACUCUUUGACUGUGAAGACAUACUCUGCUGCUGGGAAACUUAGUAGGAAAAAUAUUUCUCUCUCUCCUAAUGUUGUUCUUCCAGUUCGUACGAUCGAUACAUUUGAAGGCUUUCAAGAAAACCUUAACGAAGGUACAAAUAAUUUACGUGGAAUUGGAUCUCGAUAUGAAAGGAGGAGAGUGAAUGAAAGCGAAUCCUGGAAGUGUUUGCAAAAUAAUUUAGUAAAGUCGUACAUCGAAAAUUGUGCCAUGUUACCAGGAAAACUCUGCGUAAAAUGUGUAGAAGAUGGGAUACCAGCAAAGAAAGCAGAAAUUAGAUGUCGUGAUUGCGGUCACGGACAGUUCUACUGUUUUGAGUGUGCGGAAUCCCUUCAUCGAACGAGGAAUGUUUUCCAUUUGGUUGAAAUAUGGAAGACUGAUUGUGAAAUGUUUGUUCCAUUACUUUUUGGUGAUAUAUUACGUGACAGUCAGCAUGCUAACUGCUCUUCAACACAAUCACAUACUAUAAUAUGUGUGGAUGGAAAAGGUCGGCAGCAUUUAAAAAUUGUUGAAUUCUGUCAGUGUAUUAAGGAUGCGGAAAAACUAAUUAAACUCCAGCUGUGGCCAGGCUCAUCUUCUAAACCCAAAAUUGGAUUUCACUUUGACUUCAUGGAUUUUGCUGAAAAAUUCUUGCUCGAGAGCCAUGUAUCCUUGCACAAAUUUUGCAGCACUGUUGAAGUUGAAUAUCCUGAAAUGCUACCUAGACUGGUCAAAAACAUAUAUAAUGUGUUAAACAAUGGAUCAUUCGAUGAAUACAGAUCUUUCAAACACCAAGUCAGAUCAUUAAAGUUCAUACAGAAAGACCUGAUUGAUUAUAGAAAUUGCCCUCUUUGCCCACAAACUGGUGAGUUAGGUGUGGCCAUUCAUUCCAUGGAUGCUUGCUUUGGUCUAACUCGCAAAAAGUUGGCAGGGAAUAGUUUUGCUGUCCCAAACCGUGGCUGCCUUAAGUUUGCUGAUCAGGAUGAAGUAGAUGAUUUUGUUGAUGAUUAUAGCAAGUCUAAUAACAAAGUAGGAGAGAAUUUCGUAUUCGCUGUUCCUAAUCCAAAGCAUUUUAAAAGAUGCUGACCAAAGUCCUGGUGUUGAUUUAAAAGUAAUGUAUGAUAUUGGAUGUGUAUUAUCAUCACAUUUAAAGGCAAACAAGAGGCAUGACAUUUUGUCAAAAGUGUCAAUUUCGGUGCCGAUAUUUCAUUGUUAUGGACACAAGGCUUCAUGCCAGAUGGUCAGAAAAUUGCCACUCGCUUGUCCAGGCAAAUCACCAAGAUCACGAACAAGAUGAAAUUAACAAUUGAGAAACACAAUGCUGCCAUUGAUUCUCUUCAUGAUUUUAUAAACAGUUUACCCGAUCGUCUGACAUUUGACAAAGCGAAAGAUCCUACAUCAGACCUUUAUGAGGGAUUUGAGUCUGGUGAGGAUGACAUUCUAGGGGAAGCCUCGGUCCCAGUAUACACAAAGAGGAAGGCUUUUGAAAUGUACUUAAUCCUAAAACGAUGUGACGAGGAAGAGAAACUUUUAAACUUGGAAAGAGAAAGGCUUCUAUUGUAUUACACCAAUCUUAUCUCAAAAAUUGAUGAAGCACUUGCUGAUAUUGGUGAUUUGAGCAGCGAUGAAUUCAUGCUUGGUUCAAAGAAUGAACUGAUAAGAUUUAAAAUCAAAUUGCGGAAUGAGUUGUUCAGCUUGAAGAAAAGUUUUGAGCUUCCGCUUGGAGAAACUUUUCUUCUCCAUGCUUAGAUUGUCAACUUAACCAAUGAUGUCAACAUUCCCAAUGAAUCUGAAUGCUCACUGUAUGAGGAAUCCGAUACUGAAGAUGAAAACAUCGAAGAGCUCUCGGAAGUGGACAGUGACAUUGAAUAGACGACAUAGCUACUAUUCGUAAACGAAUAGCUACUUUUUAUGUACUUAUUAUGUAAUUUAAGUUGUUCACGUAUCUAGUAUAACUGAUAUCACGCAAACAUUUGGUUUUGUGA